AUGAAGUCCAGAAACUUCUUGAUCCCAGUGAUGGUACUUCUUGUCCUUGGGACGCUGGUGGCACAGGCAGCUGUCAUAAAAGGUCAAGGCGCUGUGAAAGGACAAGAUCCAGUCAAAGGACAAGAUCCAUUCAAAGGACAAGAUCAAGUCAAAGGUCAAGAUCAAGUCAAAGGACAAGAUCAAGUCCAACUCCUCGAUAAGCGUGGCUUCUGCCCCAGGAUUCAGUCCCAGUGCUACAUGUUAAAUCCCCCUAACAAAUGUCUGAGAGAUGCUGAUUGCCGGGGGGCCAAGAAGUGCUGUGUGGGCUAUUGCGGGAAAGACUGUAUGAAUCCCUGGUGA